CGGUCUGGUUCAGCCGGUCCUUCGAAGCAUCUUUCAUUUUUACAGCAUCGGUGGGAAAAUUAAAGCAAAUGAAAUGUUUUUAAAUAAACCAGUUCAGUGUUUUUCACACCGUUUGUGUCUCAGGCACCUCAAGAAAAAAGCCUGAAAUAAAGUAAGAAGGUUCUUUUGGUUUGAUGAGGCUGUGAACUCCAGUAACCCCGCGAGCAUCUCUGUCCUGUGACGUCGGCAGCUGCUCCAUCAGUGGAUCCAGCAGCUCUGCCUCUGCUCUCAUUGGCCAUGACUGUGAAGCCGCUGUCAGCCCAUGUGGCGUGGCCAUCCAUAACACAGCGCAUUUAUAUUCCCCAGCAGAAGCUUCAUUCAGACCGCAGCGCGACACGCAGAACACAGUGAUCCAGGAUGGAGGAGAUCGUCAUAGCCGGAAUAUCAGGCCGUCUGCCAGAGUCCCACAACCUGGAGGAGUUUUGGGAAAACCUUAUCAAAGGCGUGGACAUGGUGACUGAGGACGACCGUCGGUGGACACCAGGUUUGUACGGUCUUCCCAAAAGAAAUGGCAAACUGAAGGACAUCAGUCACUUCGAUGCAGCGUUCUUCGGCGUCCACCCCAAACAGGCCCAUACCAUGGACCCCCAGCUGCGGCUCAUGCUGGAGGUCUCUUAUGAAGCCAUCGUGGAUGGAGGUCUGAACCCGAACAGUCUGCGCGGCAGCAGGACUGGCGUCUACGUUGGAGUGAGCGGCUCUGAAGCCGGCGAGGCCUUCAGCAGAGACCCAGAGGAGCUGUUGGGCUACAGCAUGACGGGCUGCCAGCGGGCCAUGUUGGCCAACAGACUCUCCUACUUCUUUGACUUCAAAGGCCCCAGUGUGACCAUCGACACAGCCUGCUCCUCCAGCCUGCUGGCCUUAGAAAACGCCUUCCACGCCAUCCGGCAGGGCCACAUCGACGCCGCCCUGGUGGGAGGAGUCAACCUACUGCUGAAGCCAAACACUUCAGUGCAGUUCAUGAAGCUGGGGAUGCUCAGCCCUGAUGGGACCUGCAAGUCUUUUGACUCAUCAGGGAAUGGAUACUGCCGUUCUGAAGCGGCGGUGGCAGUGCUGCUGACCAGGACGUCUGCAGCAAAGAGAGUCUACGCCACCAUAAUCAAUGCAGGCAACAAUACGGACGGAUACAAAGAGCAAGGCGUCACGUUCCCAUCAGGUGACAUGCAGCAGACCUUGGUUCGUUCUCUCUAUCAGGAGGCAAACGUUUCCUCUGAUCAAGUGGAGUACGUAGAAGCCCACGGCACCGGAACUAAGGUGGGAGACCCGCAGGAGGUGAACGGCAUUGUGGGUGUUUUCUGCCAGGCCAAACGAGAGCCUUUGCUGAUUGGCUCCACCAAAUCAAACAUGGGCCAUCCAGAACCAGCAUCUGGUCUGGCAGCUCUGGCCAAGGUGGUUCUGUCUCUGGAGCGAGGCCUUUGGGCUCCCAACCUGUACUUCAAACAGCCCAACCCUGACAUCCCCGCCCUGAGCGACGGUCGGGUCCAGGUGGUAGACCGGCCCAUUCCUGUUCAAGGAGGCAUUGUGGGAAUCAACUCCUUUGGAUUCGGGGGCUCAAACGUUCACGUCAUUCUUCGUCCCGCCGGUAAACCCACCGACCCGACCGGACCCACCGACCCGGCGGGACUCAGGACAGUUCCCAGAAUGCUUCCAGCGUGCGGCCGCACCGAGGCUGCGGUGAAGGCGCUCCUCCAGAGGGCGGAGGAUCACAACACCAAUGAAAGCUUCCUGUCUCUGCUGAGCAGCCUGUCAGAGAUGCCCGUGGCCAGCAUGCCCUACAGGGGUUACGUUCUGCUCGGUUCACAGAGUGACAUCAGGGAGGUGCAGCUGGUUCAGGCUGCAGGCAGACCGCUGUGGUACGUCUGUUCCGGUAUGGGGACACAGUGGGCCGGGAUGGGCCGUAGUCUCAUGCAGCUGCCGGACUUCAGAGAAUCCAUUCUGCGCUCCGAUGUCGCCCUGAAGGAGACCGGCCUGGUUGUGUCUCAGCUGCUCCGUGAAGCGGAUGAAGCCACCUUUGAGGACACGGUUAACGCCUUCGUUGGUCUUGCUGCCAUACAGAUUGCCCUGAUCGAUCUGCUCAGGAAGAUGGGCCUUGAGCCGGACGGCAUCAUAGGACACUCUGUGGGAGAACUGGCCUGUGGAUACGCUGAUGGUUCCUUCAGCCACAGCGAGGCCAUUCUGGCUGCCUACUGGAGAGGCCACUGCAUCAAGGUGGCAGAUCUUCCUGCAGGAGGCAUGGCAGCAGUUGGGUUGACCUGGGAGGAGUGCAUCAGCCAGUGUCCUCAGGGAGUUGUUCCAGCCUGCCACAACGCUGAAGACUCCGUCACUAUCUCUGGUCCUCAGGAAGCUGUCCAGGCUUUUGUGUCUAACCUCAAAGAGCAAGGAAUAUUUGCCAAAGAGGUUCGCAGUGCCGGCGUGGCGUUCCACUCCUACUAUAUGGCCUCCAUUGCUCCCAACUUGCUGGCUGCUCUAAAGAAGAGCCAGUGUCUGUGUCUCUCAGAGCCGGUGUCUCUGUGUCUCUCAGAGCCGAGCCAGUGUCUCUGUGUCUCACAGAGCCAGUGUCUCUGUGUCUCAGAGCGCGUGUCUGCGUCUCUCAGAGCCAGUGUCUGCGUCUCUCAGAGCCAGUGUCUGUGUCUCACAGAGCCAGUGUCUGUGUCUCACAGAGCCAGUAGCGAGUGUCUGCGUCUCUCAGAGCGAGUGUCUGCGUCUCUCAGAGCGAGUGUCUGCGUCUCUCAGAGCGAGUGUCUGCGUCUCUCAGAGCGAAAAGAUCAGCAAACAUUCAGACUGAUGUUUCCUCCUCAGGCCAUCCUGAAGCGCAGCCUGAAGCAAUCCUGCUCAAUCCUUCCUUUGAUGAAGAGAGGACACACCAACAACCUCCAGUUCUUCCUCUCAAACAUUGGAAAACUCUACAUGAACGGGAUCAACCUGGAUUCUGCUGGUCUGUACCCAGCAGUGAGCUACCCUGUCCCGGUCGGCACCCCCAUGAUCUCUCCCAUGAUUGGCUGGGACCACAGUCAGACCUGGGAUGUCCCCAAAGUAGAACAUUUCUCCCACAGCUCAGGAGGAUCUAAAUCUGCUGCCAUCUAUAAUAUUGAGAUAAACCCGGAGUCCCCGGACAACUACCUGAUCGAGCACUGCAUCGACGGCCGCUUUCUCUACCCAGCAACGGGCUACCUGCUGCUGGCCUGGCGCACCUUGGUCAGGAGUCAGGGGAUUGUGAUGGAAAGCACCCCUGUGAGAUUUGAUGAUGUGAAGAUUCACAGGGCCACCAUCCUCCCAAAAACAGGCUCUGUUCAGUUAGAGGUGCACCUGAUGCCCGCCACCAGCAGGUUUGAGGUGUCAGAGAAUGGAAACCUGGUUGUUAGCGGUAAAGUUAGCAUCACUGAGGACAACGAUCUUCAGUCACUCCAAAUCGCUUUGAAUCAGCAAGAGGAAAACGCGAAUGACUCCAAUAUUAAACUAAAGUCACAUGACGUCUACAAAGAGCUGCGGCUGCGUGGCUAUGAUUAUGGGAAGGCCUUCCAGGGCAUAUUGGAGUCCAGCGGUGAAGGAGACAGUGGGAAGCUGCAGUGGACGGGAAACUGGGUGACCUUUCUAGACACUAUGCUGCAGAUGAUGGUGGUCGGCCUACCUGGUCGCAGUUUGCGUUUGCCAACCAGAAUCCGCUCUGUGUGCAUUGAUCCUGCCAUCCAUGUGGAUAAAGUGUGCGAGUACGCUGGAGGAAGGCGAGCUGUUGAUGUCCAGGUGAGCCGCUGCCUGGACAGCAUCGUUGCCGGUGGAGUACUGAUCUCUGGUCUACAUGCCACGGUGGCCCCCCGCAGGCAGCAGCAGCAGAACCCCCCCACUCUGGAGGAGUUUGUGUUCGUUCCUCAUGUGAUGACAGAGUGCCUGGCAACCAAUCAGAGCCUCACUGAGCAGCUGCACCUCUGCAAAGCUUUAAUUCACAAACUGCAGCUGAAGUUGGCUCCUCAUGGCAUCAAGCUGCCUGAUCCUGGGUCAGCAGGGGACCAGGCUGAUUCUCUCCCCGACCAGGAAGCACCUCAGCCUGGUUUGCCGCGGCUGCUGAGGCUUCUGGGUGGACUGCAGCUGAACGGGAACCUUCAGUCUGAGCUGGAGCAGGUGGUAGUUAAGGAGCGAGCGUGUCUGCUGCAGGACGCUCUGCUGCACGCUCUGCUGGACGAUCCAGGCCUUCGACACUGCCUGGACAUUUGCACUGAGAACUGUACCCCAGGGAAGAUCAGAGUCCUGGAGGCUCUGGCUGAUGAUGGCCAGCUUUUCACUCGUGUGGUUCCCCUCCUGAACAUUCAGCCAAUGCUGGAUGUGGACUACACUGCCACAGCCACACACCUGGAUCUUCUGUCCCCCCAUGAAGCCAAGCUGGAGGAGCUGGCAGCGGCUGCAGCUCAGUGGGACCCUCUGAAAGAGCCAGCUCCUGGAAGGAUGGCUGCAGGAGCAGACCUGGUGGUGUGUAACCAUGCUUGGGGUGCCCUGAGGACCGACCCCAGACAGCUGGUGGCUAACCUGGCCUCCGGGGCCAAAGAGCAGGGAUUUGUUCUUCUCCACACCUUGCUAAAGGGCCAGACUCUGGGAGAGAUGGUGGCCGUCCUCACCAGCAGCCCCCAGGGCAGUGCUGGAUGUGGCCUGCUCACACAGGCUGAGUGGGAGGCGGUCUUCUCUGAGGCCAACCUGACCCUGAUAGCACUCAGGAAGUCCUUUUAUGGCUCUGUCCUUUUCCUCUGUCGCCACAAAUCUCCCAGCAAGCAGUGCGUCUACCUACCUGUGGACGGCUCGGACUUCCUGUGGGUGGAAAAACUCAAGCCAGAUCAGCAGGUGGUGCUGCUCCCUCCACCUUCCACCUGUCUGUCUCUAGAAGUCAGUAAAGAGGCAACAGGAGAGACUGGAUGGACCCUGGAGCAGGCCGCCUCUGUGCCUGUAGUUUAUGCUACUGCCUAUUACUCCCUGGUGGUGCGCGGCCGGCUGCGGCCCGGGGAGUCUGUUCUCAUCCACUCGGGUUCUGGAGGCGUCGGCCAGGCGGCCAUCGCUAUAGCGCUCAGCAUGAACUGCAGAGUCUUCACUACAGUUGGUUCUGCAGAGAAGAGGGCCUACCUGCAGGAACGCUUCCCUCAGCUGUCUGCAGAAUCCUUCGCUAACUCCAGAGACGUCUCCUUUGAGCAGCACAUCCAGCUGCAGACCAAGGGCAAAGGUGUGGACGUGGUGUUAAACUCUCUGGCCGAGGAGAAGCUGCAGGCGAGCGUCCGCUGCGUGGCCCGACACGGACGAUUCCUAGAGAUCGGAAAAUACGACCUUUCCAACAACUCUCCACUGGGUAUGGCGUUGUUCCUGAAGAACGUGGCCUUCCACGGCAUCCUGCUGGAUGCGCUGUUUGAGGAGGGCAACAAGGAGUGGGAGGAGGUGUCCCAGCUGCUGAAGCAGGGCAUUCUGGGAGGUGUAGUUCAGCCUCUAAGGACCACCGUUUUUCAGAGGGAUGAGGCGGAGCAGGCCUUCAGAUACAUGGCCCAGGGCAAACACAUCGGCAAAGUGGUCCUGCAGAUCCGCAGUGAGGAGCAGGGUCCAGCUGUCCAGCCCGCCUCCCCUCUGCUUCUUCCCGCCGUUUGUCGUACUUUCUGUCUCCCGUCGCACUCUUACAUCAUCACUGGCGGACUGGGAGGGUUCGGCCUGGAGCUGGCCCAGUGGCUGAUUGAGAGAGGAGCCUGCAAACUGGUGCUGACCUCUAGAUCUGGCAUCAGGAAUGGUUAUCAGGCCAAGCGGGUUGGCGAGUGGCGCAGGCAGGGCGUGAGCGUGCUGGUUUCCACCAGUGACGUCAGCACACUGAAGGGGACCCAGGAACUGGUCAGAGAAGCCAGCGCACUGGGCCCAGUAGGCGGAGUCUUCCAUCUCGCCAUGAGCUGCUGUGUUUCUAUGUCCUGCCCAGCUGCGCCGCUGGACACCAUCCAGUCCCUGGCAGCGUUCUACGUGAGCUGCAUCAGACAGCAGCAGCCCGACGGCCCCUACAGGAUCGCCGGCUACUCCUUCGGAGCCUGCGUGGCCUUUGAGAUGUGCUCCCAGCUGCAGGCCCAGAACCACGCUGUGGACUACCUGUUCCUGCUGGACGGCUCCCACUCCUACGUGGCGGCGUACACACAGAGCUACAGGGCUAAGCUGACCCCGGGUAAAGAGUCGGAGGCCGAGACCGAGGCCAUGUGUGCCUUCAUCCAGCAGUUCACCGGCAUCGAAUACAACAAGCUGCUGGAGAAUCUGCUUCCACUUUCAGACCUGAAGGCUCGAGUCAAGGUGGCCGUGGACCUCAUCACCUCCAGCCACAAGAACAUCAAUCGCGACUUGCUGGACUUUGCAGCCUCCACCUUUUAUCAGAAGCUAAAAGCAGCUGAUGGAUAUGUUCCUGCAACAAAAUACCAUGGCAACGUGACGCUGCUACGGGCCAAAACCAGCAGUGACUACGAGCAGAGCCUGGGAGAGGACUACAAGCUUGGCGAG